GUUCUCCAAAUGAGAAAUGAACUUGCAGAGCUGCAGAAAACCCUUUUAGCCAAGCCUUUGUCACAAAGAACAAGGUGAGUUAAGGAUAUUUUACAAGACCAAAUUAGUGCUCAUGUUGGUUUGGGUCUUCAAAACUAAUACAACUUUUUAAAACUGAUGCCAAUUGAUUGAAAUAUGUCUCUUAUAAAAGAAGUAGCACAGAAAAGGUGUCAAAAUUUUGAAAUGAGAAAUUAAAUUGAUGCUUCUUGUUCAAGUGCAAAUGACAUUUCUUCAAGAUUUAGAGUAUAAGUCUGUAAGGCAGAGCAUGUUGGUAAAAAUUCUCUCGAUGUAAGGCUGAAUGGAAGAAUCUCACCAAUUUGUGCAUUCUGUACUCUAGGUUCAAACAAUCUGAUUAUUUAAAAACAUUUAUUAAUAAGUGGUUACCUUACUCUGAUAAUAUCCUUAACCCUCACCCAGACAAUUUGAUGUCUAUUUAGGUUUAGAUUUUUGUAUUUUUUAUUCAUAUCAACAGGCUUUAAUUUUUAUUCAAAUCAACAGGCAUGAACUGGACCUAGCAUCUGAAAGGUUAUCAACUGAACUUAAAAGGCUUGACCGCCAUGUUUCCACUGCUGUUGUUGAUCACGUCACGACCGUAUUUGCUGAUGCUGAGCUCCCUGUACACAAUAUGAUACAAGCAGCUACAGCGUCACUCUUGGUACAUAAACUAAUAGUGUAUCUUUAGUUUAAUAUAUAGUUUCAGCUUUUUUAAUAGAAAUGAUAGACAUGUAUGCACUAUUCGGUCCAUUACACACCUGAAAAAUUCAUGGGGCCCUUCUGGUUCUUUAACCUUUUCAGUCCCAAUAUCUUAUUACCAAUUCUCCUUAAUGUCUGCCAUACAAUUUGUAUGAUAUUAGUGCAGAGAAUUUGGUAUUUGAUCAACCAAUAGUUCCCCAAUUGACAUUUUUUGUUAUUAUUCUCAUCACUUGUCUGCUUGACAUUGUAUCAACAUUGUAAGGAGACGUCCUGUCUCAGUCACACCAAGGAGUUAAAGAGUUAAUUAUGUGACAAAGUAGUUGUCUUGUUCUCUCUGAAUUGCUGAGCUCUCAUGUCAAUAACCAUGCAUGUAGUUUCAUCUCAGGUCGUGUUCCUAGGUUUGAACUUGUGAGUAGUCACCACUAAAUUUUUAGCAACUGAGCAUCCAAACCCUGUGCAUUAAGUUUCUUUGCCUUUUUCAAUAAGGUUCAGGACAACAACAAUUCUCUAUUGUGGCUCUGUAAAAAUUUUAAAGUAACAGAAGUUACCGUACAUCCAAAGGGUUAAUUGUGCAUCAUGCAUAACUUCUGUAUGCAGGAUAUGAGUGUACAAAGUCAGGAACAUGCAGUGAACCAGAUUGAAAGGGAAAAGCUGAGGAAUUCCAGAAACAUGCCACAAUGCUGGCAGAGGUAGCCAGACAGUCUGCAGCUAUUUCAGCUGAUGCAAGAAGUAAGCAUUUUUUAUAACAUGAUUACAUUCUUUACAUGAAAGCAUGGAAGGUCUUCUAUAAAUUAAAGCUUAAACCUCUUAGUACCCUGUAUGAUGCUGUCCUGACCCAAUGCUGCAUAACUCUCACCCACCUUCCUUGCUGUUAGGGCUGCUAUGCCUUUAUCACCGUACAUUGAUUUGCUAUAAGUUUGAUUUGUAUUGUGUUACAUUAAACCAUGAUAAAGAUGUUAUUGUCCGAUAAGUACUGGAAUACCUCAGCUACAUUAGUUAAAACAGUCUAGGGCUUGUCUGUGAAAAUAUGUCCUUGCUUCAUAGUGCUUCUUCACUUGCAAAACUUACUAGAAACUAGAAACUUUCUUCAAUUGUGUCGGCUGCUACACUUGCACAUGUUACAUUCUCUUGCAUGCUUAAAAUGAAGUAAUUUUGAUUGGGUAUCUCACAAAAAAAAAAUCCUAAGCAAUGAGAGUGACCAGUUAGAGCAAAGGUAAAUAUUUCAUGGAACCAACAAGAAUGCAACCAAAGGAUGAAUGCUCAAAACUUCUCCUUUUGAAAAUUUGUUACAAUGGCAGACCUACAUUAUCAACUUUUAAAUGAUAACCAACCAAUAGUCUACUUUCUCAUCAUUGCACCAAAACAGUUUCUUUGGAAGCUAAUAAGCUUUCAGUGUCCAAUUUUCUAGUUAUUAGGUCACCUUCAGUAAAUCCAGUGUAUGCAUAAGCAUCACAUCAACUUUUGAAUUCAUAGAGUUCCUGUUCAUGAUCUCUUAUCGUUUUUUUUUUUUAACUUAAAAGGAGUACAAACUGUCAACAGCAUGGCUGGUGACAUAGAGCAACUUGCCCCACAAUUGGUGUCUGCAGCUUUAAGAGUGAAGCAGACACCUACAGACACAACCUGCCCAGAACAUCUUGGCCAGCUGAGAAGAGACUGGACAGCAAGGAUUCAUGCACUCACUUCUAUGGUGGAUGAUAUAACAGACUUCAAUGACUUUGUUUUGAUGACUGGUAUGUUCCUGUUUAAUUUGAGACUGCACAAAUAAUAAAACAAUAAUAAAGAUCCUUCUUGAUGCAUAUUGAUCUGUAGCUCUGUCAAACCAGGCAAGCAGUUUAUAAAGAAAGGCCUGGUGUUUCAAUUUAUAUCUAAAUGAUAUGCAAAAUAGCUGGACAUGUAUCUACUUGUUAAGUUGAGUUUACAUGUAGCUGAUUUAUUGUAAGUUUUGAAUGCUGCUUUUUGCAGUUUAUAGAUAAACAACUAGAUCUGUCUGAGUCUCCUCACCUCACACAAUUAUCAUUAUUUAUUAAUAUGACAUACAUUAUACAUGCUUCUGUUAGUUUAUGUUAGCUUCCAGCCAGAAAUCCAUGAUGUUUAAUGGAAGUACCAAUUUUCAUUCAUUGGUAGAUUUUAAUGUCCAACAAGAUAUUUCCAACUGUCAAAAAGCAUUGCAACAACAAGAUAUUCACAAGGUGUCUCAGAUCUCCCUUAGAAUGCUUGGCCGAGCAAGAAGAGUGACCAUGGUUGCCAAGAAGGAGAUGGAUGUAACUGCUGAUCCAAUGUACAAGGGAAAUCUGCAAACAGCUUGUGGCCAGCUAGAGUCUGGUACUGUAUGAUAAUAAAAUUAAUCAUAGUAACAAUCAUUGGAAAAAUGAUUGUGAUUAUGACAAUGAUCACAAUAAUAAUGAUGAUGAUAUGUAAUGGUAAUUGAACUGAGUUGAGUGCAAUUUGGUCUGAAAUCAGAUGCAUGAUUUCAAAGUCAAACAAGUGUACAGCAAGAAUUUGAUUUGAAAUCACAAGUAUGAUUUUAGAGCAAAAUUGCAUGACAUGAAGUCCAAUUACCAUUUUAUUUCAUUCAUUUUGAAAUUGCAAAAUUCAGUCACUUAGAUACAUGUCUUUUCUGUGAGUUCAAAUAUUUUAUUUAUCCAGUAGUGAGCUGGUUUGAAGAAAGUUGCAAAUGUUGAUUUUCAUUUUGCUGCAAUUUGAAUUAUUUCUUUCAAAUCUGAUUUAUUAUUGUAUUUUAGCUUCCUCAUUGGCUUGGAAAAAGGUGGGAUUUAGAGCAAAAAAUGGUGCAAUUUGUGAAUAAAUAACACCAUUGAGAGCCAAUCAGAUGACAAAUAUCACCAAUGAUUUCAAAAUGGAUGUAAUAAUAAUAAUAAUAUUAAUUUUGAUGUUAAUGUCGAUAUUUAAAAUGACAAUGAAAACAUUAGGAUGUUUUUUUUUUUUUUUUUUUACAACCAAUGUACAAGGAAAUGGGGAAAUAAGAUAAAAUAUAUUCUUGUAUUUAACUUGACGUAAACUGCUUUAAAAUAACAACUGACUGGAGGCAAACCAGUUGACCAUGUACAAAACACAUCUAAGGAAUUGUUAAACUCAGGUUGUUUGAUGCAUGCAAGAACCAAUCUUAUUUGCAAGGGCUUGAGCCUGGGACUACAGGGCAACAAGUACAGCACUCAGCCAUGCUGCCCUCAUCUGGUAGAACUGACAUUAACCCUUUAAAAAUUAAUAUGCAUAUUCUCCAUACUGUUGUUUUUACAUUUCCUGAGGUGCUGACAAGGAUAAUUUAAUUAACAAUCAAGAGAGUCUUUAGUUGGUGAUCAUUUCCUUUAUUCUCAUGACUGUUAGUGUGUGUUUCAGGGGUGAUAUUGUAAGGAGAAAUUAGAUGCUGGUCACUCUCAGGGGUCAAAGGGCUAAUACUUACAGGUCAAGGUUCGAUGCAAGUAAAGUUAAAAUCAGUGUGUUCACAUCCUGUUUUUAUUUUUUCAGUACUUCCAGCUUUUGUUCAAAGUGUUGAAGGAGCCCUGGUAAAUAUGACUGAUGAUGUGCAACAAACCAACCUCUAUGAAAAUUGUCUACUGCUGGGAGAGAAAGUAAAGAUAAUGAAAUCAGCUUUAAAACGGCCAACAGGAAUUAAUAUAGGUGUGUGUGUAUGAGUGAACUAAGCAAAGUCUUCGUUUUCUUCUUUUCAUUUUGGCUUUCAGUUUUAUUUGUUUGUUUGUUUGUUUUGCCUCAACUGCUUUUUGUAAAAGCUUUUUGAUCAGGCAUAAGUAAUGUCAACAUGGUUUGCAAUGACCUUGCAGUAUUGGGAGUGAUUGUUAUGUACAUAGAAAAAGAUAAAUAUCUUGAUAUUUUUUUUCCUGCAGAUUUAACUGACUAUAGCGCUGAACUGGCCGGCGCUAAAGGCUUGAGUACAAAGGACAACAUGCUGGAUUUGUUUGAAAUUUUAAGAGGGCACUACUCUCCUGCAGGUAAAAGUAAAAGGAUUCCUUUGUUUUUAUUGUUGUUGUUUUCUUGUUGACAGGGCAGAUACACAUAAUAUUCCAUAGAUGGGUAACCCACAACUGACUGAAAUAUAUUUGCGUAAAUUCCUUGAAGCUCCUUGCAUCUAUUUCGAAGUUGUGCACGACUGAAAGAGUCAGAUGUGAUUGCCUGCAAAAUUCACACAUCACACACUAUUACUGUAUUAAAUUGUUUAUGCAUCCGUGAUGCUCUUCGACUCAGUGAUGGAAACUUUAAUUAUAAUUGUGCCUCAUUUCGGUCACAAAUUUAAUGUGAUGCUGUACUGGCAAACUUUACAAUUUUUUUUUUAAUUUGUCAUUUCUCAUAGCAAGUGACACAACAUCAGUUGAUGAAACAGAUCAACUAGCAGGUCUUGAUAGUGAGCCCUUUGGAGAAACACUUUUGGAGCCUUCUGGUGGAGAAGAAGUAAGUUAAACAUUCCAGCGAAAAAGAUCAUUUCUUCAGUUAAUUCUGCAAAUCCAAGAAGUGGUCAUCAGUAUUGAAGCUUGAGUACUUCUCUCUAUAACGCUGACAAAAGUGUUUUGAAUUUCGCGAAAAAGCAAACAAGCGAACAAACCAGAAAAAAAAAUAUUUGCGAGAUUCUUGCGUAACAAACAAACAAACCAGACAUGAAACACUGCGCGGGAUUCUCGCGUAACGAAAAAAACGAAGCAGCCAUGAAAUAGUGCGCGAGAUUCUUGCGUAACAAACAAACAAACAAACCAGAGACGACAAAGAAGAAUCGGUGUGUCAUAUUCUUUAGUAACAAACAUACAAACCAGACAUGAAACCCUGCGCGGGAUUCUCGCGUAACAAAAAAAACGAAGCAGCCAUGAAAUAGUGCGCGAGAUUGUUACGUAACAAACAAACACACCAGAGACGACAAUGUGCGCGAGAUUCUCGCGUAGCAAAGAAACAAAACAGAGACAGAGCUGUGCGCGAGAUUCUCAUGAAACAAACAAACCAGCCAGAGAAGAAACAGUGCACGAGAUUCUUGCGUAACAAACAAACAAACAAACAAGAGAGGAAACAGUGUGCGAGAUUCUCGCGUAACAAACAAGCAAGAGAGGAAAUAGUGCGCGAGAUUGUCGCGUAACAAAAACACAAACAAGAGAUUAACCAGUGCGUGAGAUUCUUGCUUAACAAAAAAACAAACAAGAGAGGAAACAGUGCACGAGAUUCUUGCGUAACAAACAAACAAACAAGAGAUGAAACAGUGCGCGACAUUUUCGCGUAACCAACAAACAAACCAGAGAAGAAACAGUGCACGAGAUUCUUGCGUAACAAACAAACAGAACAAGAGAGGAAACAGUGCACGAGAUUCUUGCGUAACAAAUAAACAAACAAGAGAUGAAACAGUGCGCGAGAUUCUAUCGUAAUAACCCACCAAACGAGAGAAGAAACAGUGCGCGAGAUUCUUGCGUAACAAAAAAACAAACGGGAGAUGAAACAGUGCAGGAGAUCCUCGCGUAACAAACAAACAAAAAACAAACAAACCAGAUGAAACAAACAAACAAAACGCGAGAUUCUAGAAACAAGAAAUAGAAAACAGUGCAGUGCACGAGACUCUUGCGUAAACAAACAACACAAACAAACAAGAGAAACAAACAAGAGAAGAAAACAAGAUUUUUGCGUAACAAACAAACAAACAAGAGAAGAAACAGUGCGCGAGAUUCUCGCGUAACAAACAAACAAACAAGAGAAGAAACAGUGCGCGAGAUUCUCGUGUAACAAACAAACAAACAAGAGAAGAAACAGUGCGCGAGAUUCUUGCGUAACAAACAAACAAACAAGAGAAGAAACAGUGCGCGAGAUUCUCGCGUAACAAACAAACAAAGAAGAGAAGAAACAGUGCGCGAGAUUCUAGCGUAACAAACAAACAAGAGAAAAAACAGUGCGCGAGAUUCUUGCGUAACAAACAAACAAACAAACAAGAGAAGAAAUAGUGCGCGAGAUUCUUGCGUAACAAACAAACCAGAGAAGAACAAUGCGUGAGAUUCUUGUGUACAACAAGCAAGCCAAAGACGAAACAUCGUGUGAGAUUUGUACGCAACAAACAAACAAACAAACAAACAAGAGAAGAAACUGUGCACGAGAUUCUUGCGUAACAAACAAACAAACCAGGGACGAAAAAGUGCGCUAGAGUCUUGCGUAGGAAACAAUGCCUAAUCUGCAAUGUGGGAUUUUAACUCUUUUACUUACGUUUCGCCUUUUCGUUUUUAUUCUGAACACAUUAAGUAAAUAUGGUUUAGAAGUAUUGUUUAAAAAAUCACAAUUUGGAGCUUUGUUGCUUUGAAGGAAUAUACUUCUUGGUUUUGAAGUUUUUUUAUUUACUUUAGAUCAAACCAGAGCCCAGAGCUCACCGUAGCAAACUUCCAUUAGAGGCAGAGAAAAAGGACUCUUCAAAAGACAGAUUCCAGCCUGCCUACAGCACCGAUUCUGAAGACUUGCUGUUCAAUUUUUCAGAAGAUGAUGAAAUGGAUAGAAUCAACAGGAAAGCCUUGCUUGGUACAGUGUUGUGAAACUUGAAUUACUGAUGUGCUGAAAAACUAAAAAAAAAACUGAAUGAAAAAAUAAAAUUGUUUGCGUAUUACAGAAUUUGGACUUCUCUGAAAAUUGGUGGUCAAAUUAUCUUGAUCAAUUUUCAAAUGAAAACUUAUCAGUUUAAUGGGUUACACACAACCUUUGUCAUGUUUCGUUAAGGUUUUGAUGCGACCCAAUUUUCCGAUUGCUAACACUGACAAGAAGUAAAGGGGAAAUGUAUGGAUAAUUUUAAAGAGGAUUGAAAUGUGUUUAGUUGCUUUAAAUUUCACAUCAAAAGGAUGGUUUCAUUACUUUUCAUAACUUUGAUGCAAUAAAAAAAAUUAUUUUGACCUGCGCAUGAAAUGCAAGUAUAGAAAAAAUCCUCGCAUUGACGGAAGAGGUAAAUUAAGAAAUUGCGGAAGAAAAUUCAGAAUUUUUCAGGAUUUGAGACGCAAAUUAUUGGCUACCGCUACCACCCCAUGUGCUGGAGGAGAGGUAAAUUUUCAUAGGGUUUUCGUUCUCGCGAAGGAAAAGUUAUCUGUCAACUCAUACAUGUAAACUAAUAGAGCCAAUUUUUGUGUCACGUUUAUUCCAGGGGUAACUGAGGAACACCAGGAUGAGAAUUUGUGGGCAGUAGGCUCUGUUCGCCCCACUAAACCGUCCCAGACCUCUCGCGCACCCGUGUCUAGAUUACUGAAUGCUGUGAAGGCCAAAGACUUUGACUUAGCAGAGGUGGAACUAAGGAAAGUGGAAUCCAGGGCCUCUGCGCUGAGUAUGUUGGCGAGCACGUCAGCAGACAAAGCACGGAAUUUGGAGAGAGUGAGGUGAGCACCAAACUUGUGUUAUGGCAAGUGUACUUUUUUUCCUCAUAGUAAGUAAUUUUCCUUCGUAGCUGUUGGGAUGUCACGCAACGCUCCCCGAUAGUUUGUUCGUGGGAGCGUUGUGUUACGUCCCAAAGAACAGCUAAGAAAGAUCCGGAGACAAACAGUUAGUAGAAGGGAACAGUUAUGAAAUCCGACAGUUUUUUUUGUCACAGGUUGUUGUUAGGCUUUUUGGACGUGACUUGGCACAACGUCCUAAAACAAUUCAAUCCUUGACCAACAGAAAAUUUCUGUAUCAAAUAUUAAGGCCAGGAGAAUAAAGGAAAUGAUCACCAGCUAAAGAAACUCUUGAUCGUGAAACAAAUUCUCCUUGUCACCACCUUAGCAAAUGUUUAGAGUACAGUAUGGAGAAUAUGCAUAGUGAACUUAGGAUGCAAAGGGUUAACUUAUUCAGCCACGAUUUAGGAACGCAAAAAGGAAACUGAACGAGCGCGGUCAUGAAGCUCCGGUGGUUUUUCUAAAUCACUUCUACGUACUAUGGUGUUUUCCCCUUUCCACCUAAAAUUUGUCUCAUUCUUAGCUUUGAUUUUCCAUCUUCAGUUGUCAAUGACCUUUUUAAUUAACUAUUUUCCCUAUUUCCUAGACGACAAUGACCUUUUAAUUAACUAUUUUCCCUAUUUCCUAGACGUGUUCGGGUCUGUGCAGGAGAGAUCGAAAAACUCACACCACUUAUCAUACAAGCAACACGUGGUAUUAGAGAUGAUCCACGUGACUUAGUGACUGUUGAGCGACUUCAGACUAUCGGUCGAGAAUGGGCUUCCAAAGUGCAUGUGCUUUCUGGAACUGUUGAUGAAAUUGUUGUGCCGUGGUCAGCUGCGGCAUCUAAACUCGCCCUAGCUGCCACCUCUGGUGAUGCAGAGAAAUUGAAAAAACAGGUUAGGUGGCUUGAGAUCCAGUAGCCUCUCAAAUUACAAGUAUGUGACUCAGAUUGACAAAGAGGCAUCUUCCCUUGUUUGUUCUAAGGAGAUAAUUUGGUUUUAUCGACUAGGUUGAUUUUGUUAAUUGGCCAUCGUGAAGUGUUUCUGAAGGUGACGUUUCGAGCGUAAGCCAUUCGUGAUUCGCUCUGACGAAAGGCUGCGAACGCUCCAAACGUCAGCUUCAGUAACUUUCGGUGGCAAAUUAAGAAUAUCAACUCAGUUGAUAAAACGGAAGUAUCUGGUAAUACUCCACACCGACGCAGCACCACAGCUUAUUUAGAAACUCCCCCCCCCCUCCCCCCCCUUCCUUUCUAAAGUGGCUGAUCCAUAGAGGUCUGACUGUGUUAAAGACACACACUGGGUACUGUAUUCCUUCCUCCAGGUGGAUAACAUAAACAGACAUGUGGUCCGCCUCAGGCAGCUGGCUGUGGCAGCCAAAGCUGCAGGGGACGCAGAAGAGUACGCUAUGGAUGCAGGGAAUGAAGGUGAAGCCCCUGCGCGUGAUCCAGCCUCUCUGCAGCGUGUUGAGCUUGUUCAGAGGACAUCAGUAGAGGUUGAACGAAUCACACCUCAGCUGAUUACUGCUGCUCAGGUUUGUGUUGCUCAACUUACAACGACUUUAUAAAAGAGUGGAAGAAACCAGGAAAAGCGAAUUGGAAGAGAAUUGAAUUUUGUCUUUGUAUCUUUGUAUUAUUAUAUGCGUAAAGGUCUCAUGUAGGGAAUUUUCAGAAAAUGCAUCUGAUUUUUUGCUGCACAAGUAAGACUGCUCUGAGAAAAGGCUUCCGCUCGAGACGUUACCUUUAGAAACUCUUUACGGUGGCCAAUUUACAUUAUCAACUCAGUUAAGAAAACCACUGAAUAUCUUGAGACUACCAUGGUUGGGAUGAUGUAAAAGGGAAAACCCUCUCCGCUAAUGGUCCCUGUUUAAUCGGGGUUUUUUUUUAAAUAUUCUACGUGGUAAUUUAAUUCCUCUCUGCGUUGGAAAAUAAAGCAUGUUCCAGCCUUAAAUGGUCGCAAGACCAAUCGGAAAAAAAAAAAACAGCCCAAAGUUAUCUUUCGUUCCUUUCUAAACAUAUGUACUGUUAAACUGUUUUUUCCUCUUUCUCCAGUAAAAUAUCUCUCUUUUUCUUGCAGGCACUCUCAAGGGACCCGGCAGAUAUUGCAAAUGUUGAACGACUUGAACUUCGGAGGAGGGACUGGGCGUCGAAAGUUCACAGUCUUGUAUUUGCAGUGGAUGAUGUCACUGUUGGUACUUCUGCGCCCGUGGAACAGCUGGCAGCGGUAGCCAUGGCAGGCGAUGAGCAUGCAUUACAAGAAAACUCGCGCAUGUUAACGUCAUAUGCGCGAACUCUUAAGGGAAUGGUUGAUGCGGCAGUAGCUGGGUGAGUGGCUGAUAGUGAGAAAAGGCUUUCGUAUUGUGCCAUUUUUUCUUUUUGAAAUGUGAAAUGAGCUUGGUGAUGAUGAUCCAGGAAGUGCGCUGUUUCUGUUGUAGAUUGAUCCAAUAUUAAAGUUGACAGACCCUCACUGUCCUCACAAAUAUAACGAUAAUAUCACAAUUGGUACUCUUCUUAAAUAAGUUCUUAAAAAUGUUCCUCUCUUUAGAUGUAAUGAUCCCAAGAAAAUUAGCUUAGCCAAGGGAACAGUCAGUUCGAUUGACAAGGUGACCGCUGACCUCCAAGACACGUCGCGGUUAGUGUCCGAGAUGGCAUUGCGAGAACACAAAACAUUAGAGCAAAGUUUGUCUUACAUGGGGGUGGUAGAGAGGAUGAAUCUUCUUCAAAGGGAAUGGGCCACUAAGGUAGGUGAACAUAAAUCGAGAUGCCUUGAUUGGUGAAUUACACCUCAUUUAAGCUCUACAGUUUCUUGGUGUUUUCCAGUUGUUCUGGUGUUGCUUCUCAAGACACGUUGGCGUAAAAAACACGCGCGCAAAAGGGCAAACACCCGAAACCUCUGGCUGUCGUGCGUGUUCGUCUUGGAUCUCGCGUGCCGGUCCAUCACUCGCACUCAACUUAAUCGAUUGCUUUCCACGCUAGCGUGGAUGUGGUUGUUUAUUUUGUUUUGUUGCUCUUGACGUUAGAGAUAACUGUUUUCAGCUGUUAACAAAGAAAAAGAAACGCGGCUUUAGGAAGAAUCGUUCUUGAAGAGAACUUCAAGGAUUACUUUCAAAUGGGGCUUUAAAUACUCAGUGGCUUUAUAACCCAGUGCAAGUAAUGAGCCAAGUGCACGUUCGUAUGUUAUGCAAAACAAUCGAAUAAAGAAUGUAUUAUUUCACUACUAUUUUCGAGUUUUUAUGUAACAUGGGUUUCCUACAUUUUCAUUUUCACUCAACUUGUGCACAUCCAGGUUCAUUUGCUGACGGCUCUCAUUGACGACUUAACGGCUGAAGCCUCGGCACCAGUCGAUCGUCUGGCCGGUGCUGCCCUCGCUGUGAGCAAAGCAGAACUUGGCGAAAGAAUGGAACAACAGCGUGACUUCGAGAUGCAGGCUGAUGAACUCAAAGCACGAGUUGCACGUGUUAGAACACACGCCAGUAAAGCUGUGGAGAAUUCUCGCCAUGCAAGUAAAGUGAGGACAGUUCGCGUGACUGGGGACUUUAUUGAUAGACUCACGCCACAAGUUAUUGCUGCUGCACGUGCGCUAGCAGGUAAGAUAAGACUCUGUCACUUUGAUGAGUGAAAAUGUAGCCAAAGAAACCUUGAGACUUAAUUAUUUCGUGCAUUUUUGCUUGGCCAAGACCCGCCAAUCAACUGCCCACAUGUAAUGAUCCUCUUAUGCAUGCGGGUCCUCUUUUGUUUUGCCGUACGCGAUAUUAUGCUUUUUCAAACCAGUGCCCCGCUUGUUUGUGGAAAAUGGUUUCUCGCUUUCUAAAGCUGUCAGAGUGAUUUUUGAAUGCAAUUAUGAAAAACAAAACCAAGAAAUCGAACGAUAAGACAAUUAUUGCACUUGGUUAUUGUAGAAUAUCGUGAUUUAUAAGUGUCGAGUUGAUUUUCCUUAGACAAUCCAGACCAGCCGACUGUGGAACAUUUUCAGAUGUUGAGGCGUCAAUGGGCGUCUAAGGCGCAGCUUUUGAUGGCGACGCUUGAUGAACUUCCAGAUGCUGACAACACAGCCGUGCAAGGUAAAUUGUAUUGUGUGCUAUUUACACAGCGUGUGUAAUUUACGAAGUAUAUUGAAAUUAACCCUUGAGUCAUUAGCUCUUUCUACAUAUCUUAAUCAGUUAUCUUUGCUAACUUUAAUUUUCUUUAUGGUCGUCAUGUUAUUAUCAAAAGCUCGCCAUUUUUAUUUUUGCAGCCUUAUAAAUUGGUAUACGCUUUAUUGGGCUUUGGCUAAUUAGGUUUCAUUUUUUCUCUGUUUAUCAGAUGUUUUCCAGGAUUUAUUAGGCAUAUCACAUAUGGAUCCAUCCCAGAGUUUUGAGUCUCUCAAUGAAGAAGAGACGGGAGCUAUCGCGGGCUCAUCCCGUUGGCCAUCUGUAGCAAAACCUGUCCCCUCUGAGGAAAGUAUGUUACGAUCCUCCAACCCCUCGAGGAGAGAGUCAGGAGAGGGGAGCCAAUCACCAGAGAUCAGCUCUUAUUUCGAUGACAUGGCUCUAUAUGAUGUAAGUGAACUUUCUCCAAGCACAGUUGUGUUUAAAUCAAUCCCUUUAACCCUUUAACCCCUAAGAGUGAUUAGCAUAUAAUUUCUCCUUACAUUAUCACUCCUGAAUCACACAUUAAGGUCAUGAGAAUAAAGAAAAUGAUCACCAACUAAAGAUGCUCUUGAUUGUUAAACAAAUUCUCCUUCUCAGCACUUUAGGAAAUGUAUAGAGAACAGUAUGGAGAAUAUGCAUACUGAUGUUUGGGUGUUAAGGGCAAAUAAUGAAGUUGAAAAUUACGGAGAAGUCAGUUUCUCCCUGACAUGUAUCGCACUGUGUUAGCACCAAUCGUAUGAUAACAUGGCCACGAUCUUAUCUCAGUGGUUCAACGAAGCACUCUUAACCCUGUAACCCCCAAGAUCUCAUUAGUAAUUCUCCUUACUGUCUGACAUACAAUUGCUAUGAUGUCAAUUUGGAGAAUUUGGUAUUGGAUGAACUUAUAAUCCCCUAAUUGAUAUUUUACAUUAUUCUUGUCACUUCUAUGCUUGAUAUUGUAUUGAUAUUGUAAGGAGAAAUUCUCUCUUAGUCACUCGUGGGAGGUAAAUGGUUAACCUUGUGAACAGUAUAUCUCUCAUUUAAGUUAAUUUCACCCUGAUGUUAGGAUGCAAAGAGUUAAAUAAGCAAUCCGGUUCAAAUCAUUCUCCUGAUCUCUUGGAGGUUCAAAAUAUUGAUUGGCCUUCACUGACUUUAAAACUAACAUCAGUCAUUAACUGCCUCCCAAAUUAGAGAAAUGAUUCCUUGAAGAGAAGAUCUUCAUUUUCCGACACGGACAGUACUCCAGAAGUGCGCCGACUGCGAGGACCCUGGGGAUCUGUCAGUGAAACAGACCUGAUGAGGAAAGCCCUUGUUGAUGAGCUCCACCAACGAUUUUCCUCGACUGAGUCUCUGAAACAGAGAAGAACGAAGGCUCGGUAUAGAGCCGCGAGUGUCUCAGGACUUACCCGAGGUGACUCAUCUGAAUGGAAAUCAACAUCAAUUGAAGAACUAAGGGCAAGGAAAAGCUCCAAGUCAAUUGAGGUAAACAGUGCCUAAAUUCCGUAAACGUUCAACCCCCCCCCUCCCCCCUUCUCAUCCUUAGAGUGUAUAUCUGGUGUUAAAAGAAAAUUUCAGAGGGGGCCUCAUCAGAACGGGGGGGGGGCAAUUAAAAAAAUCCUAAGGAGUUAAACUGCGUGUCAAAAAUGCGAGCCACAUUUUGGAUCUCUUUUCUCCAGAUUCUCCUUCACAUGUAUGUAAGGUGCAUCUCCAAGAAAUUUAUUGAAGUUUUUCAAAACAUUUUUUUUAUUUUAGCUGGCAGCUCAACUCCUGCAAGAAGAAACAGAUAAAUGGGAGGAAGAAAACAAUUCCAUUGUCAAGGUGGCCAAAGAAAUGGCGCAGCAAAUGCUUCACAUUGCUAAAUUAGCUCGAGGACGAAAUCGAAUUCAGGUACUGAGGUUGCGAAACGAUCGUUUUCUUACAUUGAGAGUGACUCAUUACCUUGUCUAAGAAUGGUCCGAAGAGGUUGUUGUGUUCUUUAUUAAGGCAAUAUUAUGUGAGAAUGGCCACGUUUCGGGGCAUAGGAAAUUAGCUUUUAAGUGUUGGCAUUCCCUUUUGAGAGAGUCUGUCCUUUGCUCAUUCUGAUAGUAUCUUAAGUGUUUUGACUUUUUUUAUUUUCAUGAAUCCUUCAGUUAUCCAGAGUAUUGCGUUAUCCAAGUUCUCCUUGGGGAGUAUCUCACCAAUUUCUCAAAAUAUAUCUCUCACAGUGUUUGUCUUCCCUGUUAGAACAAAAUGGAAUUGAUCAACACCGCAAAAGGUAUCGCUUCCAACGCCAAGUUUAUCCUCAAGUUUGCUCACGUUAUAGCUGAACAAUGUGCAGACGAAAGGUUAGUGGAUGUUUCCAGGGUUCUUAGUUAUGUUUUGUUUGUUUGUGAGUGUAUUUAUGUGUGUGAUUUUGCUGAGCCAUAAACUGAGUGAGGUAUUUUUCUGUUGGUUGUGUUCAGAAGUAAGAGUGACCUGCUCUACUAUGCGGAAUACCUGCCAACUAUCAGCACACAGCUGAAGAUCAUAUCGUCUGUCAAAGCAGCCACUCCCUCGGACAUUUCGGUAAGUUUCACAAUACGGGGAGCAGACGAGUCGUAUCUAAAUGUAUUUGCACUCGCGAGGGAUUUACUCCUGAAAAGAUUGUAACCGUUGCAGGAAUGAAUGAGUUAAAACCAUCUUUUUGUGCUUUAUUAUCUCGCUGUUGUAGUAUAUACUAAAACAGCUAUUCACAUCAGUGCCGUACUUCGCCCCUUCGCAGCUCGGUAAAUAUUCACCGCUAGCCAAUUCCUCUUCGGUGAAUAGUUGUAAAUUAUCUGAUUUCGGUCUUUUUCAUUUUCCACAGGCGGACGCGAUGCUCGUAAAAAACGCACAGAAUCUGAUGCAAGCUGUUGUGAAAACCCUAAAAGCAGCUGAGGCGGCUUGUGUAAAGGUAAUACGGCGAGUCUCUUUAGAGUUCCUUUAUUUAAACAUAAAAAAACUUUGGGAAAACAGAUGAACACGGUUCUUAUUACGUUCCAGGUUCUGCAUCCUCCUGAGCAAGACGCUUCGUCCGAUCGCAAAGAAGCUGUUGACAUCGCCUUUCAGUGGAGGAAGAAGUUAAAAAGGCAGCGCGCCUUCGAGGCUCUGACUGCAUCACGUGAUCAGCUGGGCCUGCGCAGACGGGAGAGAAACAGUUCCACGCCCUCUUUGGCAGACAUCGUUCAUGUGUAGCACAUGUGCAAUUUGAAAAUUUACUGUAAAUUGUCGAAAAAGGAAGCUAGUUUGUAGUGGUUUUUGUUUUAGAUGAAACACGUGUAAAUACUUUGAGUGAGUGAGUGUCUGUAUGCUUUGGGACUUCAACGUC